CGAUAAUAUCGCGGCAUCCCUACAGUCCAGUCAGUGGAUGUUCAUUUUUAUUUUUGUUUUGAUAAUAACAAAUAACAAUAACUAAUAACAUUAACAUAAAGCUUGAAACAACAAACAUGAGCUCUGGAUAUGACAAAUUUUUCAAGACGGGAGAUUGCCUACUUUUGGAACUAAUUAGCAACGACAUAUUCGAAGGAAUCUAUGUGGGGGGCGGAAAGGAUCGAAUCACCAUAUGUGAAACAGUUCAAUACAACAGGAAGCUGGGAGGUAUUUACGAGUUCUACAGAAAUGAAAUAUCCAAAGUUUAUUACCUUAAAGAAUUGGACCUUUCCAAGGAGGAAAUUGAAAAAGAAGAGUCCCAACUUGAAGCAAAUUAUCGAUUUGUGAGACCUAGAAAAAUGGCUCAAAAUGCUAAAACCCCUGUAAUGGUCCUCCAAGAAUUAGCAAUGCACAAGGGCUUUGGCACACCGGACUAUGAAAUCAUAUUCGCUGCAGCCGGUUCGCACCAAAACAGAUUUGAUUACCGUGUAACAGUGGCCGGAAUACAAGCUUCCGGAAGCGGCUCCUCCAAACAAAUCAGUAAACACCAGGCCGCCCAUAAUGCCUUGAUGCGACUUAAAGAACUGGGCAUUUACGUACCUGCUGAAAAUCCGGUUGCUAGCUUCAAAGUGCCUUUGAGGGAUGAAGGUAGUCCUUUUGAACCAGCUCUUAACUGUAUAGUCGAGUUAGGCUAUAUUACCACGGAAAACAAGCUUCCAUGUGCUGAAUUCGUCGAAAUAUCCAGUGUUGGACCUCCUCAUAAGAGAGAAUUCACUUUCGAUUGUAAGAUGGCUUCCCUCACAACCACAGCUACGGCCAGUACCAAAAAAAUGGCAAAGCAGAUCGCUGCGAAGGAAAUGAUUGAAAAGUUGAAAGAGCUUCUGCCUCAAUUGGUUGAGCAACAACAAUCUGGAGAUGUGGAGAUGAAAAACCAAAUCACCGAGGCCAUAACGAAAUAUCAGGAAUUUGUGGAAUCUCCAAUCCCCGAUCGAAGUAUAAACCUUGAAGAAAUGGACCAUUCAUUGGCCAAGUUGAUGUAUUUGAAACGUUUGACAUAUAAAGACUUCGAAGAGGACUUGAAAAUACCCACUGAAGAAUCUUUAAUUAAAAUUCUAGAUAGACUAGAAGUUAAACAUUCCUUCAAGGUAAUUCAGGAAGAGCCUAUAAUUAUUAUUAGUCUAUCAUUGAAAAUUGACACGCCGUUCACUAUUUGGGACACAGGUGAUAAUCUUGAAGAGGCUAAGCAGAAGGCCUUAGUGCAAAGCUUUGAAAUAAUGGAUGGAAUGAUGAAAAUCAAAAUUUGAAAUUUUGACAUGACUAUUUCAUGAGUUACCAUUUAAUUUAAUUUUAUAGAUAUACAUAUUUUGAAAGGAAACAAAAAAAGUUUCUAAUUAUUUAUUUAUUUUUUUAUGUAGUUCUUGAGUUAAGGUGUAAUAUCGUGAUUAUUUUGAUUAUUUUACCGUAACAUGUUUCAGCACAUGGUGCCUUCUUCAGUUUCAGUUAUUCCGCCUGAACAUGUUAUGGCAUAAUUGUAUAUAUAUUUAAUAAAAUUGUGUUAAUUUAGUUUCUGUUUCCUUUCAAAUUCCAAAAUUUAUAAUGGAUUUUCCUCAAGUAUCAGCUGAAUCAAUCGCUCUUACAAAUUAUUAUCAAAUGAUGUAUUAUACUUAAUGUGUGUAAUGUAAUGUAAUUUUUUUUUUCAUUGUUUUUUUCAGGUCUGUCCUCACAAAAGUCUCUGACAGUUUGUAAACUAACAGUUGCAUCGCUCAGCUAAGUUACCGAUUUAUCUUGGAACGACGGCAUUGAAAACAUGCUUUCUGCCAUUUUGCAAACGAUCAGACUCUUCUGAGAACAGCCCUUUGAUGUGACCCUAGUACAAUAAUUUCUACUAUGGAGCAAUGAUAUCAUAAUCCUUUAUUUAGCACAUGGCUACUACAUAAAAAUUCUUACACCCAUAAAAUCUCCUUACAAUCUCCUAUAUACAGUAGAGCAACGUGUUAACCUUGUCAAUACUUAUUUCGAAAAUCAAUCUUCUGUGGUUAUGAGAUUUUGCGCAAUUCAUGAAUAUUUCAGUGCAUAUUCGCCAUAUAGUGAGCAAUUGGGUUAGCUGAAUCUUGUAAGUGUAGAGAGCCAAGCCAAGUAUAUUUUCAAAAUUCUCCAAGUGUUGGUCUCGAUAACACCCAAACACCCAAUUGCUGCAAACACUUUGACUAGUAGCCACGGUUGAAAUUGUACUGGUGUUCACAUCAAAAUAAACAGAAAAAAAAAACUUCGAACUAUUUAUAUGACAAAAUAUGUAUAAAAAAAAAAUCAUCGGAAACACCCAUUAUAAGUUUUUAUGCUUAGUACAAUGACUAUAAUUAUUUUUUGAAACACGAGUGGUGAACAGAUCUGACAAAAAUAUCUCCUGCAUGUCCAUUUCAUCUUUACUGAAGUGAUGUGUAGGUUAAGGUAGAGAUUUUUUUUUUCUUAUUUAUUUCUGACCCUUAAACAGGUAACUGAUGUCAGGGCCUUAAAUAGGAUAGUACUAUUCUUUAAAACACAGAAUUGAGAAUAUUUUGAGACAAUCAGGAACAAAUUUUGUUCUCCGAUGCUUGUUUGAGUAUGAUCAUGUAUUAUAUCCGCACUCAAGAUCAUGAAGGACCUGGCAGGAAUUGUAAAUUUUUUGGAUCUGUACACGCCUUGUUCGAACGCUUCAUUUGUGAUAUUUUUUUCCGUUAGUUUAAUAAAGAAGCUGUUCAAGUUACA